GGAGGCGGCAAAUUCAAAGAUGGAGGAUGACGACGGUUCUACCGAAACGUUGGUUUCGUAUUACGAGAGAGACGUGAGCGACGAAUUUUGUGAAAUAUCGGAAAAUGUUUUAGGUCUAGCCGCCGGAAUUGGCAUUCUUCCAGGAAAUUCGAACAAAGACGAAUUUCUUGAUGAAGAUGUCGAAUUAUUAAAUGAAUUUAUUAAUAUAUGGAAACUUAUGGAAAAUGAAAAGAAAGCAUUGUAUAAUGCAAAACUAUUGAUUCAACAGGAGGAAUUUGCUCUUGAAAAUAAUGAAAUUUUGAAUCCUACCACUUACAUGAAAAGACUUGAAAUGCUUGAAGAAUUCAAUAAUCAUUUUACCAUAAUAAAAAGAGAAACAGGAAAAUUAAGAAAUAGACUUCAGAGUCCUUUAUUAUCAGAAGCCAUUAACAUUCAUUAUUCUUAUCAAAAUAAUGUUCUAUUGUUUUUUGAAUUGAUAUCAUCUCAUUUCAAGAAAUUUAAACACCAUCUAGAUACUCUUCAUAAAGGAGUUGAUUUGAACUAUGAAGAUUUAAAGAAUGAUUGUGGUGAAUUAUUAGAAGGAUUUAAAAAGAAAAUUGCUGAAUUGCAAAUGACCCUGCACUCUCUUCUGACGUUUCGGUCUACUUUGAAUACUCUUCAAAAGUUGAAAGCUCACGAAUUUAUUAAAUCAAAUGUUUCAAAUACCGUUCUGUAAAGUAUAUUUGAUAGUUUUAUAAAUGUACUUUAAACAAUAAUUUAUAUUAUGAAAUAAACUUUUGUAAAUCUCUCUA